CGGCAAACCCGACAGUUGUUUGAGGCAAUGCCUUCCUCCCGCAAGGCCCUCAUCGUCGGCGUGUAAGAUGCACCACACAAUGUCAUUCAUUACGCAGCCAACUCCAAACUGAUGGCCAGCGUGGGGUGUGUACGUGUGGUUCAGGACGUACCAGGAUGUGCCAAGCCCUGAAGUGCCGUAUGUCUGACAUGAGCAAAGCUCGGUCGCCCACAUCUGCAGUGACACAUCAGUGUUUCCCUUUCAUGCAGACGGUGCUGGGGCACUGCCCGUGACGCCCAGCUCUACAGUGCUCUCUUGCAGAAGCACUACAGCUUCGACAGCAGGGACAUCCGGCUGCUCGUCGACACACAUGAGACGAGAUACCUGGACUGCCGGCCGACCAAAGCCAGGGUGCUCGACGGGAUGUGCUGGCUGGUCGACGGCGCACAGACCGGCGACACCCUCGUCUUCGCAUUCAGCGGCCAUGGCACCCACAUUCAGGUUGAGGAUGGAGGCAAGAUGGAGGACCACAGUCAGUAUGAGUGUCUGGUUGUCGAGGACGAUGUUCUGCUGCUCUCGGAGAUGUACACAAGCCAACAACACACACCACACACAACACCAUACAGGCAUCAGACACGUGUGUUCUGGCGUUCUCAUAUUCUCCGUCAUCAGAUGGGCCGCCACCCACCAGCUGCCCCCUGGCUGCAUGAUGACCUGCUUCAUGGACACCGCACACGCACUGCGGACCCUCGACGUGCUCGGGACGUGCUCACACGCCCGCCACAUCCCCAGGGGAAUGCCGCCUCAGGCCGAGGGCUUGAGGCACUUGGCGGCGAGGCAGUGGCCGGCCUGGUUCGCCCCCCACUUGUACCCCGCCAAAGCCUUGGGGCUGUUCCCUGAUGGAGUCAAUGGGUUUGUCUUCGCUGCAUGUGCGCCGCGACAGACCGCACAAGAAGUGCAUUCGUACGGGGACGGCGAUGGCCAUCCACAGGUAAGGAAGUAGGCGAUGGAUGGCAGAGACACACACGUACGUGUCUUGAUGGCUGCGAUGAUUGCUUGUCUGUCUGUCUGUCGGUGUAGGGUGCACUGACACUUGCCGUCGCUACUGUGUUGGAUCAUCUGUGUGGGCGGCCGGUGUGUAUUGGCGACGUGUUCCGGGAAGUGGAGGCCGUCUUUCGUUGCUACUAUCAGCAGAAUGUCCUGCACUGCCCGCAGACACCUUUGCUAGCCCACAGCAGAACCUCACUACCAUCAGAGUGCUCAUUCAUUCUCCCUACCACUGGUAUGUAUGCGCUCAUGUCUCAGACACAGACGUGUCAGACUGUCUGACAGGUCUGUGUCUCACUGUCUUUGCUUCUUCUGUUGCAGCUUACGGCCCCGACGGCCAUACCAAGUUCCAGCCCCUCCCUCCCCUCUGCCUCACACCACACGUCAUGCGGUCACGCCUCCCAGCCAUGACCAUGGCACCGCCAAGCCAACAGCACCCGCCCCCGCCUCCCCCUCUGCUGGACAUGCACCCACCACCCACACGGAUGCCCCCGUCAUCGCUCUCGAGCUACGUGCCGCCGUCCAAGAGGCCGCGUGCACCGCCGCUCUCUCCCUCGUGUUGUGGGUGCCGCAGGAAGCCCUCUGUGCCGAGGCUGGAACUGACAGCGGCCAAGCUGGAGAGGGAGAUGACAAUGCUGCAGAAGGAGAUAACCGACCUAGAGAUGAAACUCACGGCCAAGACCAAGGCGUUCGAGCACAAGGUCAUGUCUCUGCAGACAGUGAGACGCUCCCAGUCGGUCCCGGUGCUGCCCAUGACCACCAGGAGCUUCCGCCCACCACCACAGCAGCAGCAGGAGAGAGGGGCCAUACAUCCGCUCCCACAUCACCCACACCUAAAUGCGGAGAGGGAACAGCCCGCACUGUUGGUGGGUCAUCGGAUGCGCCAACUGGAUUCUUUCCCCGACCAUCUGCCGAGGGCCACGCUCGAGACGGGAGCCAUAUGGGUGACAUGUGUUGACGGGUCACGUGUGUUGAUUCACCCGCCAGUGCCCACCAUCUUCCCACACACAGCACAGGGAGGGGAGGGGGAUCUGGUGGCCUGAGUGAGGGAGGAGGGUGGAGUGGGCAGUUGAAGGUGGUAGGACUGACAUGUGAUCUGUGGCCUGCCUGGCUCUAGGUAUAGGGACAAUAUAUCGGACUCUGUGCACUGACUGACGCAUUGGAUUGAGCGAUAAGAGAUUAC